CUCUCGUUCUUCUUCGGCCUGGGCCCAUCCGUCUCAGAUGAAAGUUCCUGUUGUCUGAAAUUUAAACGCUAUUUGUCAACUAUCAUGCCCCAGGAACUACUGUCAGAGCUGGCGAAGUUUGAGAAUAAACUCCACACUCACCAAGUUUGAGGAGAACAAGCGACGCGAUGCUUAAUGACAAAUGAUGCUAAGCUUUUGACAUCGCUGGUCUGCCUAAAAAUUAGAGAUUGACAAAAUGCGUUCCACUGUGGAUGGACACCUCGCUGGAGGUGGCACUGGCAGCAGUAACAAUAACAACAGUAACAAUGAAAACAGUGGAAACUCAGGUUCCCAGUAUGCACUGUGUGCUCUCGGGGUUGGGCUCGUUGCCUUGGGCAUUGUGAUGAUUGUGUGGAGUGUGGUACCUGCCGAUGCAGCCGGAAACAACAGCAGCAAUUCCGGAGGACAUGGAGAUACUAGUAGCAGGAAAAAUAAAGCAUCUUCCAUCGCGUUUGUCCUAGUGGGGUCAGGAGUGUUCAUGCUACUGCUGUCCCUGUGUCUGGGGUUGAGAAACAAACAGCGGGAGCAACUGAGGCUCGCGCAGGCUCGGAAUCACGGGAGACAGGCAGCUGGGCGACAGGAGGACAGAGAAACUGCCGAGGAACAAGCCCAGCAUUACGCCGUACCUUCCUAUGAAGAAGCAGUAGGCAGUGGCCAGUACCCUGUCCGUCAAAGUAACCUACGCCCAAGCACCUCCCAGCUGCCUUCUUAUGAUGACCUUGUCCAAGUUGAUGGUGUGCAGUAUGAGAGUGAGGUGCCAGAAGUCACAUCUCCAGGAUCACAGCCUGCUCCUUCUGCUGCUUCCACAUCAAACCGCAGGCCGGGAAAAAACAACCGCAAGCUCCUCCCUAUCAAGAUCCGCAGGAUUAAAUCUGAGAAGCUCCACAUGAAAAACAUUGACAACUCUCAGCCAGCAGCUGGAUAUAGUAUAGAACCACUUACCCCACCACCCCAGUAUGAGGACAAAGUGCCGCCGAUUUAACAUCAAGCUUGAUCAUAUUUAAAACAAUCUUUGUGGAUCUGCCUUAUAAAGUCAAGACUUGAAGAUAGUUUGUCUUCCAGAACGUUCUCAGUGACAUGUUGGUAUCUAUUCAAAAGUCAUCAUCAGUAAUGCCACAUCACUCCAAAGCACUGAACAGAGAAACCUUUAUUUUUUUAAAUGUUGGAUCUCACUGAACAUCUGCAAGCAGAAAGAGACAAGUCAUGAGUGACAUAUUGUAAUUCCUGGAUCAUUCCUUACGUUGACAGAUUCUGUCACUCUGUGGAUCAUUGGGUUAAAAGCACACACCAAAUACAGUUUUUCUCAAUAUGAAAGUACUUCUCAUCUGUAUGUGACCAACCUCGAGUGUACCCGUGUGUUGAACGUGGAAGAGAUAACGGAAUAUCCAUGGAAAGGAUUUGUCAGCACACAUACAUAGAUAUGUGUAAGGCACUCGUUUUUUUACAAGUGGCUUCUGUUUAGGCGUCAUUUCUCCACAGAGGUUUUACUUUACUGCAAGCUUUCUCAUUGUGUCCAAGAGAGCCUACAUUCGUUGGUAUGGAGCUAAGGUGCCUCUGUACAUCUGUGUCAGCUUUAAAUAGACUUUUCUUUAUCCGUCUGACAUGAGAAAAAAAUCCAAAACGUGGUUUAAGAGUUUUCAAAACAUGUGUUAUAGCGUGGUUUAUACUGAAAUACCAUUUAAAGAAUAUUCUAUUUUGAUAAACGGGUACAUUUCUGAAUUGAAUGUCAUUUGGGCCAUACAAUAUGCAAAAACAAUAGCACUCUUAAAUCUUUACUAAAUAGUAGUGUCCUGAUAUUCAGUUAUACUAUUAACUUCAUGGCUGUAGCUACAUGAGUAAGCCUGUCAUUAGAGACAUGUUUUUGGCAAAUUCCAGGAAGUAGUUAUUACAAAUUCUUGGAAAGACUUAAUGGCUGGAGUGUCAUAUUCACUCCUCUUAGUGUAGCACCUUAAAUUCCAGGAAGAGACCAUUUUAGAUUGGCUAAAGGUCUCAUUUUAUGGCCUCUUUAAGGAUCUGUAAGGCUUACUGCGUGCAACUGCAAGUAAGCCCUGCAGUGCUUUUCUGUUCUGUUCAGAACAACGCUAUUGCUCGUCCUGAAACACUUCAAAAGAAAAUAUACAACUGAACCUGAGCUCUAAUGUUGCUCUUGCAAUGCAAUGUGACAUCAUGCAGACAGUGGGUAAAGAAGGAAGUAUGUGAGCAUGAGCAAGGACUCUUCUGAAUAGUUGAAGUCUGUGGUCUGCAGUCAUGUGAAAACUGCUGAGCUGUGAAGGCAGCAAGUGUAUUCUCAGUUUCUCUCUGGGCCUUUUUUGGUUCUUAGUCAAGAAUUCCAACAGACAGACUCUUUGACUGUGCAGCUGUGCCAUAAUGACAGCAGCCAUUGCUCACUCGCUAGCUCAUGACUCGCUUACUCGUCCAACCACAGCCUGACUGGCAGGCCGAAGUUUCACUUAGAAAUAUGCAGAGAAUGAGAUGUGAAGAAAGUAAGACGGCUCAAGGCUCUGUUCAGGGAACAUGUUCGAGUGCACUACUUUAUCAAUACCUGUCAACAAACCCUUCUUUCUUUUUCAGGUUGGUCUCGUUUCAAUUUGAGCAGCUGGAACGAAAUUAAAUCUCAUAUUUCAUUCAAUAAGCUUUCAAAUGUUUUUCCACAACAGAGAUUUUCAUUGUUUUGUUUACUGGGUUAAAGGCACUUUUCAUUGGUGACUUCAUGACCCAGAUCUUUACUUUGUUUCUUUAAAGUGAAGAACUGGGUAUAGUUAUUGGUGUCAGUGUAGUUAAUAUUGGGUCACUCCAGGUUUGUCAUUGGAAUAUACAACCGGUGUGUCUACAUUUUCUGAUUUGUUUUGAAGCUGAAACCUGCCACACAAUGUGUUAUUAUGUUGUUUAUUAUUUAGGUUCUGUACGGAGGCAAGACAAAGUCACUGUAUCUCAUUUGGAGGCGACCGGUUUAAAACAUGAUUUAUUCUAUUUCUAUUAAGUCAAAAUAUACUCUGACAAACAUUGUGACUUUCUGGUUUACUUUGAUGAGUAUCUUUAGCACAUACUGUGUGCAUCAUUGUGUCAUUUUUUAUUUCCUCUUUAUUACUUAGUUCUUAUUUUUUCAUAUUUGUACUGUGAAAAUCUGCUUUUCUAUGGAAACUCUUGUCUGCAAAUGACUUUCUCUGGAAGUUUGAAAACAAAUGUAUUUCAUGAAUAUUUAAUACGAAAUAAAAGGAACAAUUUGUUAA